UUAUUUGUCAUUAGGAGCUAAAUCGCUAAUAUUUGGGACCAAGAAAUUGACACAAAUGGGUCGCAACGCAUAUAAUAAUGUAAUCUUAUUGUAUAUAAACUGAUUUACAUUCAUUUGUUUCCGUUUUGACUCUAACUUCAAAUCAGAUGUCCAGCGAAAUACGGCAUGACUAUGACUCACUAUGAGUUUCAACUGAAUGUCAAUUUCUAGCGUCUGGUUAUUCCAGUCUAUUGUGCAUGCUCUCAUGGCGUCACCGUUUGACAUGAGUUAUGGAAUGUCAAGCCUCGUUCUUUUGGUCACUUGUUACAAAUGAUUCUGAAACGCACUAUGGUACACGAUUCGUAUACAUGCACCAAUCCAAUGGUAAAAUGUUUAUUUUGUCUUAAAUAUUGGAUAUCAGAAGCCUACCAUUUCCCGGUAAGAUCACAACAUCAAUGUUGAUUUAAAUUGACAAAUAAUUCGUGUUUUCAACGUGUAAGACUUUGGAUAAUAUUGAGUUAGAGACUUACAUGUAGCUACUUUAAAUCAACAUUCAUGUUGUGAUCUUACCGAGAAAAGAUGGGUUUCAGCCCCAUUUGUUACAAGGGACUCGAAGAACGAGGCUAGACAUAUUCCACCAUUUGGCAAACCUCGGCAGAUUCCGGUAGCCUACCCUACAUCAGCCUAGGCUGUAUGACAGUAAGUAAUGUAAAAGGAACAAUAUAAAACAGACAGUUGAGAUGGGGAAAGCAGUAGGCCGCAAAUCAACUAGAAAAUUGCCAACAGUUUCCAGAAUUCAGAAAACCAGGAAACAAUCAAACACAAAAAUAGUUAAAAAGCCAACUUCUAAUUCUAAAGUGGAGGUCAUUGAUUUUUCAGUUCUACCCAGGACAAAUGUUCAAAAACUUAAUGCAUUCAAGAGUAAGAUUUCAGUUUUUAGAAACUUUGUUGAUAGUGGCGAAGAAUCAUCUGAAUUUAAGAAUGAUACAACAUCACAGAAACUUCUUGAAAACAACAAUACAUUCUCAUUUCUUAGCAAAAAACUUUCAGAACAUCGAAACAAACAGCUUCUAGAAAAUGCUUGUAAAACCGAAAUAAUUGUUGUUGAAACUGACGUCAACAAAAUGAAAGUACCUUCCAACUGUGACAAUGAUCUCUCAAAGUCAGUUAAUGCAAAUUGUGAUGAUGUUGAUGAUGACUACGAACCUAGUAUGGAUGUUCACAUGUCGUAUGAAAACUUAGAACUUUCAGAUAAUGAAAAUACCCAGAAUGGAUAUACAUGUGUUGGAAAUGUAAAUAAGCCUGAAUUUGUCCUAAGCAGAAAGGGUCAUCGGUCAGUGCUGAUUUUAACCCAUCCAGCUGAACUAUGUUUUAAGGGAAAAGCUAAGGUCAGAUCUCUAUUAGGCAGUUGUAAAAUUCUGGGUUAUGAGAUCAAACCAGGUAAUAAUUCUGUGGAUGUUUUUUCACCCAAUAGCAACAGUUUUUUGACUAUAAAAACUGUCAGGGGAGAACCAAAGAAUACAGUUGCCAAUGUGGUCACUGCUGACAUGCUGAAUGAAAGUAGUUUGAAUCAACUAUUGGCUGAUUUGAAUGAACUAGCAAAUGGAGACUGUGUAGUACUGAUAUUGGAUAGGUUAAUAUCACCCAUAAAUUUUGAGUCAUCGACAGUGCCACAAUUCAAAAAUCUUUUUCAUUUAGAUGAUCCACAAGCCAAGUACUCAUUAUCUAGCAUGUCUGACUGUAAUUCUUUAUGGGUUUCUGCUUCCAGAGAGUAUGACACUGCUAUAUAUGAAUGGACAAAUAAGAUAAUUAAUGGUAUCAAACCUGUUGUUAUGGUUGUAGGUGGUAAAAACUCUGGUAAAUCAACUUUAAAUAGAAUGUUAAUUAACAGUGCUCUUAAUGUCAGUAAUGCCGUCAGUUUUUUGGACUGUGAUGUAGGCCAGGCAGAGUUCACUCCUUCUGGAAUCAUUUCAUUACAUCAUAUUAAUGAACCGGCUCUCGGACCGCCCUUUACUCACCAAAAGAACUCAGAUCAUAUGUGUUUUUAUGGUGAAAUUAACCCAUCAAAAGGUUUGACCAGAUAUAUCAAAUCUGUUGAAAUUGUUCACAGAUCAUACAGAAAUCUAGACACCAAGCUGCCUGUAAUUGUCAACACCUUGGGAUGGAAUGAAGGAUUGGGAUUAAAGAUUAUUGUGGAUCUAAUCCAUAUGAUCAAACCAACAAUGAUUGUUCAGUUAGAUUGUGAAUAUGAUUAUAACAACUUUCCGCCUUUGACAUCUGAUUAUUUGAUGAACACACCUGGCUGGCUGUACAACAUACCUGAAUUAAUGAUUAACAGUGGAACCCCUCCCUCUAACUUCGAUAAUCAGACAUUAUAUAUCAUGGACUCAGAGGUUCCCACAAAAUAUCGAUUUCCAUUUAAGGCUGAACAGUAUCGCGAACUGGCUAUUCUUGCAUAUUUGAACAGCACUCUUGACAAUGGCACCAAACUAUUACAUAUGGAACCUUAUAAGAUUAAUUUUAAAGAUGUGGUUAUACAUGAUUGUCAACAUCCUGGUGACAAUUCACAGAUUCUUUAUGCUUUCAAUGCAUCAGUUGUGGGGUUAUGUGAAAUUAACAUGACUACAAGUUAUGUUAAGAAAGAGUCUGGACUCCAUUUUGUUAAAGAGAUGCCAGUUUGUCCUUCUUAUGGACUGGGAAUCAUUAGAGCCAUUGAUAUUAAAAAUGAACAUAUUUAUUUAGUUACACCACUGCCUUUCGAGAAACUCUUAAAUGUAAACUGUCUUAUUAAGGGUGCUGUACAUCUUCCCAUUGACAUUCUUUCACAGCAGACAGAAUCAAUAGACGUUUCGGAAUUACCGUAUUUGGGUUCUAUAAAUAAAACAGUUGGUUCAACUUCCCUUAUAAAUCGUAGUAAGAUGCCUAGAAAACAGUAUUUACAAAAGGGUAAUAGUAGCACACAGAAAAUCCCCAAGCUAUGAUUUAAUUUCACACAAUGGCCAGUGUAAAGGCUCAUUUGAUAAGUCAAUCUGUUUGUACAGCAAGAAAUUUGAGUGAAUAAUCAAUGUAGAUUUCAAAGCAUGUGAUUUAAACAAAAAAAACCCUAAUGUAGAGGUGGGUAGAUAAUGGUAAAUUAUAAUAAAAUAUUGAUUACCACACUUUUCUUAAUGUAUGUAGCUGUACUUGUAUAUACAUAUGUAAUGUAUACACCUUACUAAAACAUUUAUUGAACUGUAUACAUCUCAUAUCAAUAACCAACUUCAUUGGCUUUUGAAAAUUCUGGUUAGAUUUUUUCCAUUAUUUAGGAGGUAGAUGUCCCUUCCCACACCACACCUCUUUUGCAAAUGUCUACCAACCCACCUUUUCCCAAUUUCCUAAUCCACUCAGUUAUGAUAAAUGUUUUAUUGGCAAACAACAAAAGCAGAAUGAACAAGUGAAGAUAAAGCUUAUUAUAGACAAAUGACCUAUAUGAUAUGUAUAAAUAUAGAUUAGUAGAAAAAUCAAUAACAGACAUAUAGUCUAUUACAUUGGUAUUAUAGAAGAUCAUUCAUUUGUACAUGGAUGAUUUAUGUACCACAUGUCGUUUAUCAUGGACAUUUUCUCAACACCCAACAAUCCUCUUAAAUCUUCAUUUUUUGCAAGCAUUUAAAUUGAUGUCCCAAUUGUUGUCCUUUCACACUUGUUUAUCACAAUUAUGAAAGGAUCUUUUUGGAAUUAUUAGAUGUUCUUGAAGACAUGUAUUGAUUUUGUGUAAUCUCCUAUAAUUAUUCCUGGAGUUUGUCUCCUUGAUUAAAAAUAACCUUGUUAAAACCUUAAA